CUCCAUUUUUUGAGUAACCGACCAAAAAAUGAGUUGAAUUUGACCACUUUGUACUUGCGUGACCAUUUUGUCACCCUUUUGUGGGGUUUCGUUUUCUACAUCCUACUUUACUUUGCAACCAUUCCUGGAGUAUUCCGUCUCUUGUCUUGUUGUUCCUCUGAUUCUGACUAACACCAUCAAUAUCAUGGAAGAUGCUGUUGCGGCUGCCACUGCUACCGCUACUGCUAAUGUGUUGGAAGCGAAAGAUGGAACUAUUUCCGUUGCUGCAGCAUUCCCUGGUCAUCAAGAAGCUAUACAGGAUAGAGAUCACAAGUUUGUAACAAAAGCAGUUGAAGAAGCAUAUAAAGGGGUUGAAUGUGGUGAUGGAGGUCCAUUUGGUGCGGUCAUUGUUCGAAAUGAUGAAGUAGUUGUAAGCUGUCAUAACAUGGUUUUGAGAAAUACUGAUCCUACUGCCCAUGCUGAGGUUACUGCUAUAAGAGAGGCUUGUCAAAAGCUGAAUCAAAUUGAACUUGCUGACUGCGAGAUCUAUGCUUCUUGCGAACCUUGUCCAAUGUGCUUUGGUGCAAUUCAUCUUUCAAGAAUUAAGAGGUUGGUUUAUGGGGUUGAAGCAGAAGCUGCAAUAGCAAUUGGCUUUGAUGAUUUUAUCGCUGACGCACUGAGAGGCACUGGUUUUUAUCAGAAGGCCCACCUGGAGAUUAAGAAGGCUGAUGGUAGUGGUGCUGUAAUUGCAGAACAAGUUUUUGAGAAGACAAAGGCCAAGUUUCAAUUGUACUGAUUGCUUUGAUCAUCAUUUUGAAAGUGAAUGCAUGUUACAAUUGUUCAGGAAAAUCCAGGUUCUUAUAUAACUGAAUACCAACGAAUUCAAGUAAUAUAAAAUUAAAUUCUCCUA